CUGGUUCUCGCCGCUAGUUCGAAGUGUAGUGGCAUUAUUUUACUCUGUGCUAGAAAGCGCCUUCUUUGUUGUCCAAGCUCCGUUCUGGGUUCAUGCGUUGACCGCUGAAAGGUCCUGUACGUUCAUCUUUCGUUGCCUGGUUACAGAUGAAGCUAACUUUCGCUGCGGUUUAUAAUUAAAUGACGGUGCUAACGUUAAGCGAAGCUAACAGACCAUGUCAUAGAGUUUUUAUUUUCUUAACUUUUUGUGAUUCAUUCUGGUACACACAUACAGAGCUUACCCCAACAAAGUGUAAACCCAGCUCCAGUAUGAGGCAUGGAGGCUCACGAUUCAAACACGGUGGUCCUGCUGGCCUGCGGCUCCUUCAACCCCAUCACCAACAUGCACCUGAGGAUGUUUGAACUGGCUCGAGAUCAUCUGGAAGACACAGGUCAGUACAGGGUGGUGAAAGGCAUCAUCUCUCCAGUGGGUGAUGGCUAUAAGAAGAAGGGUUUGAUUGACGCCUACCACCGUAUGCAGAUGGCCAGAUUGGCCACAGAGAACUCAGACUGGAUCACAGUGGAUCCCUGGGAGAGCUCGCAGCCUGAGUGGGUGGAGACGGCUAAAGUUGUUCGGCAUCACUAUGAGAAACUGCUUGCAGCACAGCAGAACAGCGAUGAAGUGGACAGGGUCAAGUACACCAAAAAGAGACGCAUAGAGGAGAAUUAUUUUGGAAGUUCAUCUCAUCAAAAAAGGAGAGAUGGGCCUCAUCUAAUGUUGCUGUGUGGGGCUGAUGUACUGGAGUCCUUUGGGAUCCCCAAUCUGUGGAAGCAGGAGGAUAUCGCUGAGAUUGUAGGCUGCUACGGUUUGGUUUGCAUCACCCGCAGUGGCAGCGACCCCCACAAGUUCAUCCACCAAUCAGACAUGCUGUGGAAGUAUCGCAAAAACAUCCACGUGGUCCACGAGUGGGUGACCAACGAGGUCUCAGCCACUCAUGUGCGCCGGGCACUUUGCCGAGGUCGGAGCGUCAGGUACCUUCUGCCAGACACUGUGGUUCACUACAUUGUAGAGCACGACCUCUACAGUGCAGAGAGCGAGCAGAGAAAUUCCGAUGUGGUUCUAGCACCCCUUCAGAGAUACACGGGUGCCUCCUCCAUAAACUGCACAUCGGGACAACGAAUGAGGUUAAGGGCACACCUACCUUUAUACCUCCGGGCCUCUCACAAAACAGCAGUGUCUCAGCCUCUUUUCAGAGCUCCUCAUCAGCCCAGCAGCUUGAGGAUCACAUUUUAUUUACACACACUCACACACACACAUCUCAGAAGGAGGAAAAAAAAGGUCAUCAAAAUGCCUGCCAGCCUCUGUGGUACAUGGGACAUCAUCAGCAAUGUCAACUUUGAGGGCUACAUGAUUGCACUGGGCAUCAGCCCUUACUUACGAAAGAUUGCUCUGAAGCUGAAGCUGAGGAAGGUGAUUGAGCAGCAGGGGGACCAGUACAUCAUCAAAACAGCCAGCACCUUCCGAAACUACACCAUCUCCUUCAGAGUGGGCCAGGAGUUUGAGGAGUUUACCCAGGGACUUGACAACAUACAUGUCAAGUCACUGGUGACAUGGGAGGGGAAUAAACUGGUGUGUGAACAGAUUGGAGAGAAGAAGAACCGGGGUUGGGCUCACUGGAUGGAAGACGGCAAGCUACAUCUGGAGAUGUACUGUGAAGGAGCGGUCUGCAAGCAGGUUUUUAAGAAGAAUGUGACUGAGUGAAGAAGAACGAAAGUUUUAUUUCAGGAGAAGUUACUCUGUGAUGAACGUCAAAGUUUGUUGGAUCCACCACUCUAAACCCUGAACAACAAAACUGCCGUAAAUGUUCAGUUUGUGGUAUUUUCUCUAUACUGUUGCGUCAAUGCUCAUUUCAGGUGAAACCAUCUGUCCUUUCAGGGUAUGAUUGUGCACCAGUAGAUGGCAUCACUGCAUUACUUUUGUCACAUACAGGUCUACACUGGUUUUUAGCUUGUUGCUGCUGGCUUAAAAUGAAAAAUUUUUAAAAAUACUGAGCAUCAAGUAUGUUUAUGGCUCCUUUCAGCUGGCUGAAAAAAAGCUUGCCUCUCCAGGCUCUCUUUAGUGCUAACUUUUUGUUUCUUUCAAAUGUCUUCUGUCCAAUAAGACAAAUUUGAGGCACCUUUUCUUUGCACUGGCUUUUAUUAUCAAUCUUAACAUUUGGUUGAGCUAU